UGGCUGACGACGCGGCUGAAAGCAUGUCUCUCUUCAAACGUCUCACCGACUCUUUGUUGAGCGUUCAGGAAAAGAACGACCGUCUUUUGGAGGCUAUAGAAAUUGCCGAGAGUAAAAGCGUUACGACAUCGUCAUCGGAAGUUCCACUUUUGAAGAACCUGCGUGCGCGACUGUCGGCCGUUCACGCGCCCAACGCAGCUCUCGUGCGCGACCUCAAGAGAGCCGGCCAGCUGUUCGAAACGAAAGCGACGGCAUUCGAAGCGUCAAAGACACGCUACGACCGACUUCACGACGAGUUGAAAGUCGAGAAACGUCAACUGGAGCAAAGAUGGCGGCAACUGGACGAAGAAGCGAAGUCAUUCCGCAAAGAGAAGAGCGACUGGAAGGAAAAGCUAGAUGCAGCGAAGAGAGAGAUAAGUGAACAAAAUGAUCAUCUUUCCGUGUUGUCUGAUCGUCUAGCGGGCACAAAAACCGUAUUGGACAGCAGAGAGAGUGACCUUGUUACACAGAGAGUUCUAUUCGAAGAGGAGCGGCUGACGAGAACGCUGGAUCAUAGGCCAUCGGAUGUCGAGUUGAAUGAGAUGAAAUCUCAGAUCAAAUUUCAGAUCGAGAGAGCGAUGGAAGCGGAGAACGCGCGAUUGAAAGCCGAACUUGCCGCUCAUCAGCUACGAGAGGAGACGAAGCAGAUGAGUAAGACAAACGAGAGGUUGAGACGAGAGGCGACGCAGUCGCGGCAAACGUCAACAAGGACUCUGCAACAAUUUGAGAAAAGAACGAGUGAAGCUAACAGACGGCUAGCUGAAAUGAGUAACGAGCUGACAAAGGCACAUGAACAUGCAAAACGCUUUCAGGAAUUGCUACUGACUGAGAGAAGAAAGCAAAGAGGAAUGAGGCAUGUUCUCGAGAAGCAGUUUCAGAAGGGUAGUUGGGAAAAGAGUGAUAAUCUAGAUGGAAUUACUGCCGAAGCUAAUCACGCUUAUAUUCAGACCCUCAGUGAAACAUUGGGACAGUCAUCUCAGAAACGAUCACCCAUCAAAGUAGAAGAUAUCAUCCGGAAAAAUGAGGGUCUUCUUCUUGAGGUUGCUAGUCUGAGGGCUGAUGUCAAGAAACUGAGAAUUCAGAAUGCAGAAUUGGUGAAGAAAGUGAAAGGUGCACACGCAGAAAAUACGUAUCUGAGGUCUCAGGUUUGUGCAAACAUGGCAGACAGAGUAGAGCUGCAGAGGAGAUUGGAGAAGUCAGAUAGACAGUAUCAACAAUUGGAGGCAUCUCUUACUCGGCAAGCUGGAGAUUGGAUUGCUCAUAAGAAACUUGCGCAGCAACUGGAAGAGGAAGUCAAGUGGAGUCAGAUUAAUCCGAUUCCUGUCUUGGGUGCUGCUAGUCGUGCUUCUUCUUAUCCAAAACUACCUCCACGUCAUAGUCGACUUAUUCAAGUGGAAAAGUGGUGACUCUUGUUUUUUAGCCAUUUGGUAUACUUUGUAUUACAGUUCUACUUCAUUAGUACUGGUGGUCUUUUCUGUUUUUAAAAUUUUAUACAUUUAUCUUUCUUACAGAUGAUUGAAAUUGACACGAAUUAUAACAGUAUAAAACUGUGA